AGUAGUAUGUUCUUGAGGGAAAGGUGAAGGAGAAAGAAGACAAGAGAUUGUUUCUGGUUCAAGUGCAGUUGCUUCAGCUUGGCUUUCAGCAGGAUGGCGUCGACAGUGGGAAAAAACUCACUCAGCGAUUACAUCAAGAUUGGAAAAAUUGGCGAAGGAGCCUAUGGAGUUGUUUACAAGGGGCAACACGCCGUGACCGGCGAAAUUGUUGCCAUGAAGAAGAUUCGCCUGACUUCAGCAAGCGAGGGCGUUCCAAGCACUGCAAUCCGAGAAAUUUCUAUCCUCAAGGAACUUCGCCACCCGAAUAUUGUAGACCUAAAGGAAGUGAUCCACCAGGACACGAAGCUGUACCUGAUCUUUGAGUUUCUAAACACCGACCUGAAAAACUUUCUCGACAAGCACGAUGGAGACUUGCCGACUCAGCUCGUCAAGAGUUAUUUGUAUCAAAUAUGCCUGGGAAUUGUGUACUGCCACUCGCAUCGCGUGCUGCAUCGCGACCUCAAGCCGCAGAACCUACUCGUUGGCAACAACGGCGUUAUCAAGCUGGCUGACUUUGGCCUUGCCCGUGCCUUUGGCAUUCCCGUCCGCAUCUACACCCAUGAGGUUGUAACAUUGUGGUACCGUGCGCCGGAGAUUCUGCUGGGAUCGCAGCGCUAUGCUUGCCCAAUGGACGUGUGGAGCAUUGGCACGAUCUUCGCCGAGCUUGUGCAAAAGAGGCCGAUCUUCCACGGCGACUCUGAGAUCGAUCAGCUCUUCAGAAUAUUCCGAACUCUCGGCACAGCCACGGAUGACACGUGGCCGGGCGUUACCAAGCUACCGGACUACAAGCCGACCUUCCCGCGAUGGAAGGCGCAGCCGUUCAGCAAGAUCGUUCCGUCGUUGAAAACCGAGGGUGUUGACCUGCUCCAGCGAAUGCUCCAAUAUGACCCCGCGCGCCGGAUAUCGGCCAAGCAGGCGCUCAAUCACUCCUACUUCGAGGACCUGGACCGCUCCAAGCUGCCGGCACGGUACGAACCUGUAUGCCCGUAAGCGUCCUGUGUGUGUACCAGCCACCCUGCAAGCCACUCUGCUUGUCAGUGUCCUGUGUGCGCCAUCCCCUGCCUCUAUCCCUAACAAUUUCCGGGCAUCAAGUCCCGUGUGUCCGCUACUGAUGAUUUCCCAUGCUAACGACAUGCGGAGACGAACACUACGAAUGGAUAAACUCAAAACUGCUCUCAUCUUCCACAACCUUUACACACACUUGCCCCACAGUCACCACUCCCAAUCUCAUGUUCUUAUUCCUGGAUCCUACGAUCGCCGAUGUCCUGGAGAAUGUCUGCGCCGCAACUGCCGUUGUCACCCGACAGCAUGUGUGGUGACUCCACGCGGUGGCAGUAUUCGACAAUGGACACUUUCCGCUGCUCUCGCCUGCACGCCCCCGCACACACGCACACGUGCCUACGCCUCCCCGAGGACAUGCAAGAAAAGACACACCAUAGAUGCUAACUAACUAUCGCUUAUGUCCGCCUCUAACCUCAUGUUCAGAUCCUGCUGAUCUCUCCGUGACGCGGAAUUUCUGCACUUUUUUUGUAGCCAUUUUUUGUAUCUCCUGACUUUGUAUCAUUUUUUGCCUUAUACCAUGUUUAGCAGUACGGUUGCAAGUUAUUUGUUUGCGAGAGUUGUGUGUCUGAUUUUCUAGGAUUUUCCGUAUAGAUUUACCGCUUACUACAAGUAAUAGCAAUACUUCAUAUUAGGAUCACUUCCUCUUCUUCUUCGUUUUUUCUGCCAUAGAGUUGCCAUGUCCUUGUGCUCGUCUCUGUAUGCGUGCGUGUGUUUUCUUUUCUAGUCUGGGUGCGCGUUUUGGUAUUGCUAGAACCUGAUGCCCUGUUUUUUUCUGUUUUGAGUUGCUGGCAACAUUCUUGUUCCCCUAUAAUAGUCAGCAGUUCUGUUAAUGUCCAAUAAUCCGAAAGCCUGCUGCUGCUUUCCCUGCUAACACACCUAACAAGUCACUUGCGCAAUUCUCAAGGAUAGCGAUGGACAACUGGCCGUUAACCUCUCAUCGCCUGUAUCUACCCCACGGCCAUGCAAUAAUAGUAUCGGUCGCGCUGCGGCCUGGCUCAGUAACGCCGCUGGUGUGGCACCAGCAGCCGCUUCCUGUCUCCAGAUCAUGCCCUGGCUUGCUCUUGUAUCCUAAUUUCCUUUUUUAUAAUUAUUAUUUCUUCUGCUUGCGUGUGAUAUUAACCCAACGUUAUAACCUCCUCCGCCGCAUCGUACCAGUGACCAGUGCAGGAAUACCCGCAAGGCACAGUACCUCCGUCACCGGCAGCUGGGUGACGGCUUUUGGGCCUGCCUUGACCCGCUGUCUGUCUGUCUGUCUGUUUGUGUGUGCUUGCUUCUGGUAUGUUCUGCUGCUUAUCCUAUAUAAUCCAUUAUUAGCAAUAGGCAGCUAUCUCGCUUGCUCUCUACCUUUCUAGCUUCCCGUUGGUGUGUGUGUAUUUCAGUUGGUGUUCCGACCAGUCGCGUCUGCUGAAUUGGAAGCUGGAAUGAAGAAAAGAGAAUCUGCAAACUAA